AUGGCAGAAGCCCAGUUCCCCAAACAUCCCUUCCUUCUCUCUGUACCAGAGGUCGAGAAGGCUCUCGACACACGAAUCGACAAUGGUCUGUCAACGAACCAGGUGCCGCAGCUGCAGCAGAAGUAUGGCGAGAACGAGUUGGAAGUAGGCAAUACCAUUGCCUGGUACACCAUCUUCAUCAAACAGCUAUGCAAUGCCAUGGUUUUGGUCUUGAUCUUCGCCAUGGCGCUGAGCUUUGGCGUCGAGGAUUGGGUCGAGGGUGGCGUUCUCGCGGCUGUCAUCAUCCUCAAUGUCGGAAUCGGAUUCUGGCAGGAAUACAGUGCCGAGAAAAAGAUGGACGCCCUUCGAGCGCUCUCGUCCCCCAGUGCUAGCGUACUUCGUGAUGGCAAGACUUCGGUUAUUCCCAACGCUGAGGUGGUUCCCGGUGAUAUCGUCCUUCUCAAGAUGGGCGACACCGUCCCUGCCGAUCUCCGCAUGUUUGAAGCCAUGAACCUGAGCUGCGAUGAGUCCUCUCUGACAGGCGAGGCCGAGCCUGUCGAGAAGAUCACGACCAACGAUAUCGUGGUUCCGGGCACCGAGAAGCCAGCACAAGACGAAGGCGAACUUGGCAUCGGUGAUCGCAUCAACAUCGCCUACGCCACCACCAUCGUUCGUAAGGGUCGCGGUCGCGGUAUCGUUAUUGCCACUGGCAUGAAGACUGAAGUGGGUAAGAUCGCUGCCUCCACGAGCAAGAAGCAACGCAAGGCCGGUAGGUCGAUGAGCAGGAAGCAUGGUCAUCUCCAGCCGGUCAAGGGAGCUGGCUUGCGCACGUGGGAUUUCGUCGGCAAGUUCCUCGGUUUGACCGAAGGCACGCCGCUCCAGAUCAAGCUGUCCAAGCUUGCGUAUACCCUCUUCUUCUGCGCCAUCUUGCUGGCCAUCAUCGUCUUUGCCGUCAACAAGUUUAACAUCCCCAAUGAGGUCAUCCUGUAUGCCAUCUCCACUGGUAUCGCCAUCAUCCCGGAGUCUCUGGUUGCUGUCUUGACCAUGACCAUGGUCGUGGCUACGGCUGUUAUGAGAAAGGCCAACGUGGUUGUCCGCGAUCUCUCUGCUCUCGAGGCCCUAGGAGGCGUCACCAACAUUUGCUCCGACAAGACGGGCACGCUAACACAGGGUGCCAUGAUCGUCAAGAAGGCGUGGCUUCCGCCGUCCAACGUCUACACCGUCCGCGACUCCACCAACCCCAGCAACCCAACUGAGGGCAAGGUAACUUUCUCUCCGGAUGACGCCAGGACCAACAAGGAGGAAAAGGAACGUGAUUACGACCAGGAGAGAACCACCCAGGCCAUCAAGUUUGACGUGCCGGAAGGCGAGAACGAAAAGCCCAGGCAGCCCAAGACGUCGGAGAUCGAUGCCGAGGUCACCCCCGAGCUCAGGUUAUUCCUCCAUGCGACGGCGCUCUGCAACCUUGCCACAGUCCGGUUUGACGAAGAAUCUGACGGCUGGAAGACCACUGGAGAACCCACGGAAAUCGCCAUCCAAGUGUUUGCCCACCGGUUCGACCACGGAAAGAAGUCCAUCGAGGGUAAGGGCUGGAAGCAGGUGGCCGAGUUCCCCUUCGACAGCAGCAUCAAGCGCAUGUCGGUCGUCUACAUCGCGCCCAAGGACAACGAGCUCGAGUAUCCCUCUGAGAACAGCAUUGUGUUUACCAAGGGCGCCGUGGAGCGUAUCCUGGAUCUGUGCUCCAACAUUGGAACCGGCGAGAACCAGCAGCCCAUGUCGGAAGAGCUUAGGAACCGCAUUCUGGACCAGAUGACCGACUUUGCCUCCCAAGGCCAGCGUGUCCUUGCCGUCGCGUACAAGCCGUGGAACGGCCAAUACUCUGCCCCCGAAGAAGCCAAGAAAGGUGACGAUUCCGUUCGUGCUCAGGUUGAGGAAGACUUGACGCUGCUUGGUCUGGUCGGCAUCUACGACCCGCCCCGUCGUGAGACGACCGGUUCCAUCAGCACCUGCGCCACCGCUGGUAUCAAGGUUCACAUGCUUACGGGUGAUCACCCGGAAACCGCCAAGGCUAUUGCCAGGGAAAUCGGCAUCAUUCCUCGCAACCUGGGUGUGUUCCCGGCGGCCGUGGCUGAAAGCGCCGUCAUGAAAGCCACCGAUUUCGACAAGCUGUCGGACGAGGAGAUUGACAACCUUGCUGAACUUCCCCUGGUUAUUGCCCGUUGCGCCCCCGAGACCAAGACAAAGAUGAUUGAGGCCCUGAGACGAAGGGGCGCCUUCAUGGCCAUGACCGGUGACGGUGUCAACGAUGCGCCAUCGCUCAGCCGGGCGGACGUCGGUAUCGCCAUGGGAUCUGGUUCGGAUGUCGCCAAGUCGGCGGCCAAGAUUGUGCUGACAGACGACAAGUUCAACAGUAUCGUUGCUGCCAUCCGCGAGGGUCGCCGCAUGUUUGAGAACAUCCAGAAGUUCAUCCUCCACUUGCUGAGCAGCAACGUCGGCGAAGUCAUCCUGCUCAUUGCCGGUCUGGGUUUCCGUGACAAGGCCGAGUUCUCCGUCUUCCCCAUCUCGCCGCUCGCCAUUCUGUGGAUCAAUAUGGUUACCUCCUCCUUCCCGGCCUUCGGCCUCAGCAAGGAGCCCGCCUCCCAGGAAGUGAUGAGGAAGCCGCCGCACGACCGCAAGCGGGGUGUGUUCUCGAACCAGGUGCUCGUGGACAUGAUCGUGUACGGCAUUCUUAUGGGGACCUGCACGCUCAUGACUUUUGUCAUUGUGGUUUACGGCAAGUACGGCGGCGACCUGGGCACAGACUGCAACAAAAAGUACAGCGACUCGUGCAUCCCCGUGUUCCGGGCCCGCGCGGCCGUGUUCGCGCUGCUGACGUGGCUGAUCCUGCUCAGCGCGUGGGAGUUCAAGGACAUCCGCAGGAGCAUGUUCCACCUCAACCCGGACAACAACAAGAAGUUUGCCGUGUUCCACGACCUCUGGGCCAACAAGUUCCUCUUCUGGGCCGUCCUCAUCGGCCUCGUCAGCGUCUUCCCCACCGUCUACAUCCCCGGCCUCAACAGGAACGUGUUCAAGCACACCAACAUCAGCUGGGAGUGGGGCGUUGUCAUCGGCAUGUCCAUCGUGUACGUCGUCGGCAUCGAGUGCUGGAAGGCUGUCAAGCGCCACACCGGUAUCCUGGAUGACCACAAGGUGCCGCAGAGCGCGUGGACCCAGGGCGACGAUGGCGGAAAGAUGAAGCGGACUAUGAGCUUCUCACUCUCAAGGAGCUUGGGGCGCACCAAGAGCUUCUUGAGGACCAUGACGAGCUCGACAGCAGGAAACCCUGCUGCUGCUGAUGAACGACAACAGGUCUAA